CAUUCCCAGACAAAGACCGACAGCUUGCAUCUAUCCUUGCUCCACUGCCCAGCACCAUGCGCAGCUUCGUGGUGGGCAUCUGGAUGCAGGUCCUGGUUUACACACUUCUGCUGCAGCUUCAGACUGUAAAGGUGCAGGGAUUUGAUCCAGUUUCCCAGAAACUCCAACGACUUAAUGACCAGUUCCAACAGUUCCAGGCUUUGACUCAAACCCGUUUGAACAUGCUGGACCUGAACCAAAACAGGAGUUCCUUGCAGGCGCUAAAGCGGCGUGUUCAAGCCCUGAAUGACCAUUACCACCAUGUAUCACAGGACCUGGAACACCUAAAGCAAAGCACAACACAGGAGAUAGAGGAUCUCAGGGAGACAAACAGGAAGCUUGAGAAGAAAAAUAAGCGCCUGAUGGGUCGCCUGACUUCAAUGGAAAGAAAGUUAAGGGAGAACUGCCACCAGACUGAGAAAAUGACAGCCGAUCCUGAUCAGGACUUCUUCAACCUCACUCUAGAGCUCCGAAGUCAAGAAGAGAGACUGGCUGCUCUUCAAAUCCAGCGUGAUGAGUUGCUGAUUGGACUAAAAGGGUUGCUGGAAUCCCUGAAAAACCAGGCAACACGCUUGGCCCAACUCGAGGGCCGGCUCAUUUGUAACGUGGACUCCAUGGUGUUGUUCCCCUCGGCCUCAGCAGAAAACUACGUCACCUUCUCCCUGAGUCUACCAGCUCUUCUUGAACUCUCUCUGUGCCUGUGGCUUCGUGUGGAGACACCACAUAUUGGCACGCUGCUCUCCUAUGCCACCGAUGACAGUGACAAUCAGUUAGUUCUUUACGGACAUAGGUCCUCGUCUUCGUCUACACCCUUUUCUGUUUCUUCUCCAUCCUCACCUUCUUCCUCACCCUCUCUGGACUUUGUCAUUAGAGACCCCGUGUAUCGUCGUCUCCAGGUGUCACCGCUUCUGGACGCUCACUGGCAUCAUGUCUGUGUCCUUUGGUCCUCUAUCCACGGUCGAUUCUGGCACUACAAUGACCACCUCCUCGCCUCCUCAGGCUCUGACUUCAGGAAGGGUUGGGAGGUUCCCGGAGGUGGAUCUGUGGUGCUGGGACAGGAGCAGGACUCUGUUGGUGGAGGGUUUGAUCCUGCAGAGGGUUUUGCUGGGCAAAUGGCUGGGUUCAGGUUAUGGAACCGGGUACUUAGCCCAUCAGAGGUAGAAGGAGUAGUGGCAGGAAGAGGUGUGCCCAGAGGAGUGGUGCUUGGCAUGGAGGAUAUAAAGGAGGUGCAUGGGGCGGUGCAUCAUGUGGCCUGUGAUUGUUUAGAGUACUGUGGCUGAUGAUAUAAUCAAGGAAAAAAGCAGUGAUCAUUUAAGCAAUUCCUUUUCUUUUUUUGUGCAAAGGUUGUGUUUGUGAAUGUAAACACUACCGUGCUAUCAGUUUCUACUAUAACUACAGCACUUAUAGAAGUAUUAUUAUUCAUGGACUCUGUAGCAGGGUCAAGCCUGAGACCAGGACAGCUGGAGAAUGCCAGAAUCCACUCUAUGUGAUAAUGAUCAUAACUACACAAAUAUAAAGGAUGCUUUGAAAAAGAUUUCAAAGUAUCCUUACUGAAACAAAAUAUAAUAUAAUUAUAAUGUUAAAACUACUUUCAAAACUAGCGCUGUAAUAGCGAGUGUCGCAAACUAACUAAGAGACUGUAACUAAGAAAUUAGCUCAGUUUAUAUGCCUACUCACGCCUCCUGCCUUUGCUUUGUGACUCUAAAAUUAAAAUCUGUACACAGUAUGAUACAUGCUACACAUAUAAUUAUUACUUAUCACUAUUUACCUUGUUUCUUGCCUGUUUUUCUAAUAGCCAAUGUAUCAAGCAAACUGAACUUUAGCAGCUCAUGUGAAUGUCAAUAAUGUUGUGUUCUUAUGAAUAAAGACU